AUGGCCGCCAAGGUCGCCCCUACCAUUGCCGUCGUCGGUCUCGGCGCGCUGGGGCUCGUCACCGUCAAGAACCUACUCGAGGAAGGGUUCGACGUCACGGGCUUCGAUAGCAACGAGUACGUCGGCGGGCUGUGGCAUUAUGUCGCUAAAGAUAGCACGUCGGUCCUCAAAUCUAAACGAAGACUGCACUUUAUAGCGACCGUCAUCAAUGUCUCUGCUGAGAGGGGUUGUUUUACAGACUUUCCGUUUCCUCCAGAUAGCGAACCCUUUGUACCCGCCUCCGUCGUCGAAGAAUACCUAGAAAACUACGCCGACAACUUCAACCUCCGCCCCCACCUCCGCCUCGGCACCCCCAUCCGCCGCGUGGCGCGCGCCGAGCACGGGGACAAGUGGGCUGUCACGCUGGACAAGACGGGCGAGGUCGUGUACUUUGACAAGGUGGUCAUGGCGACGGGCAUCGGCCAACGUCCCCUGAUUCCCGAGUUCCCUGGCGUUGAGAAGUUUACUGGUCAGACGCUUCAUUCGCAAGGGUUUAAAAAUGGUGAGGAUUUCAAGGGACGCAAGGUGCUCGUGAUUGGAAUCAGCAAUAGCGGCGCGGAUACAGUCGUGGCUUUGCAGGGACAUGCGGACAAGAUUUACGCUUCGCAUAGAGAUGGCGUGGUAGUGAUGCCGCGCUUCAACAAAGGGGUACCCAUAGACCACACCAUCACCGUCCGCAUGGACAAGAUCAUGGGCGUCAUGGACAAGCACUUCCCCGACAAAACCCUCGCCAUGAUCGAUAAAGUCCUCGUCAAGAUCAUGACGAACAACUUCACCAUCCGGCCCGAGUGGAAGCUCCUCCCCGCGCCCUCGAUGAAGACCACCAUCGCCGUCAUCUCGGACCACUUCAUCGACGCCCUCGAGGCGGGCACCGUCCAGUCCGUCGGCGGCGUCAAGCAGUUCACCGGCCCCAACGAGGUCGAGCUCGUCGACGGCACCCUGCUGGACGUCGACACCGUCAUCUACUGCACCGGCUACCGCAACGACUUUGGCUUGUACGACCUCGCGUCCAUGGCCCUGGCCCAGGUGUGGGCUGGCGCCAGCGCUGCGCCCCUGCCGUCCCGCAAGGAGAUGAUCCGCGUCACCGACGCCGCCUACGACGCCGCGUGCGACGAGGCCGAGCGCUCCCUAAAAGUCCGUCACCCUGGCUGGGUCAACGGCUACGAGUUCAUGGCGUGGGCGAGCGACGCUGCGGGUACGGGCGUCAACGAGAAGCUAGGCUGGGGCCCCCGCGGCUUAGCCUUUUGGCUCGCGAAUCCGGGCUUGUGCGGGCUUCUCAUGGGUGGUAUCUAUAGCCCGCACAUGUUUAGGCUCUUCGAGACGGGGAAGAGGAAGGCGUGGGAGGGGGCCGAGGAGGAGAUUCGGAGGGUGAAUGCCAAGGUGGCGCGGGCGACGAAGGAGAGGAAGGCGGCUUUGGCGUUGAAUUCGAAGUAA